GAUUCUACUUACCUCAUUCCAUUCCAUUCCAUUCAAGUCUCUUCUAUCCAUCUUCUCCUUUUUCAAGAAUCUCAUGGCCUCCGUUGAUGAAAUCUCAGCCCUCCAUCUCAUCAGGCAACACCUACUUGACGACUCCUGCUUCUUAGAAUUGCUCCAAAACCCAAUCAUUUCCACCUCCGAUUCUUCCCCAAACGAUUCCCAGAUUUCUUCUUCGGAUUGCAAUUCCUUCUGCUCCGAAUUCCCAAUUUUAAAACCGAAACUCGAAACCGAUACGAUUCCGUUCCUGAACGAAUCCGACUCGGAAAUGCCCAUCCUUGCCUACUUAAACGAAUCCGACGCCGAUUUCUUCGACCGUGUCAUGUUCCCUGAACAAAAAAUCGCCAAUUAUGUUAACAGCACAAAUCCUCAGCAGCAGAAAAGGCAAACCUCUGUAUCUCCUCGCCGAUCAGCUCUCAAGAUCUCGCUACCUCCCAAAGUCGAGUGGACAGACCUAGUGCCGCAGCCGCCGAACGCACCCUUUUCCGACAAGGGGCCUUCAUGUUCCGACGAGAAGAAGCACUACAGGGGCGUGCGGCAGCGUCCCUGGGGGAAAUUCGCGGCGGAGAUCCGUGAUCCGAGCCGGCGGGGAUGUAGAGUUUGGCUUGGGACCUUCGAGACGGCGAUCGAGGCUGCGAAGGCGUACGAUCGCGCGGCCUUUCAGAUGCGCGGGAGGAAAGCGAUCCUCAAUUUCCCGCACGAGGCCGGUGAUUCCUACGAGCUGCCGGUGGCCGACUGCCGGAAGAGGCGCCGCGAAACGGAACCCGCCGAGGUGGCUGCCGUAGAGAAGAAGCCUUUUGAGAAAGGGACGUCGUCGCCGGAUUCUGAUGCUAUUGAAUAUUCGGGGAAUAUUCCGUUGACGCCUUCGUGUUGGCCGGACGUUGAACUGACGGGGGUAUUUAACGUCCCGCCGUUAUCUCCACAUACGCCUCUGGGCUUUCAGCAGUUCAUAAUGGUCUGAAAGAAAACGACGGCGGCGAGAUUCCGGAGAGUGUGUUAGAUGCCGAGCAAAAGACGGCACGUGUGUGAGAUUACGGGAGACGUAGGAAAGUGUACAUAUACGGUCGUAUAAUGUCGUAUUUAUGUAUAUUAAAUUUCUUUAUUCUUUUUAUAAUAUUAAAAGUUGCUAGAGAAGUCCCUGGACUGGAACUUUGUUCUAGAGAA